CACCCCGAUGCUGCACACACCUCUCCCCACUUGGCAGCCUCUGGGGCACCGCUUCAUGGCUGUCCUUCCCCCUGCCACCUCCCGGCCGGGGAUCCUUGCCAGGCCUCUCGGCCCUGGGGUCCUUGUGUGAGCCCCCCACAUGUCAGUGCCUGUCUGGACCUGGCAGCAUGAAGAAGAUGUUCUCCUGUUCCAGCUCGCAGGUGGCGGUAGAGAGCUGGAACAAGCAUGACCAGAAGCUUCUUGAGGCCGUGGAGAAGGGGGACGUGGUCCGAGUGGCCAGCCUGGCUGCCAGGAAGACAGCAAGACCCACCAAGCUCAAUGCCCUGGGCCAGUCCGCGUUCCACAUCGCAGCCUCCCAGGGCCUCACCGAGUGCUUGAGCCUCCUGCUGAACCAUGGGGCCGAGGUCAACCAGAAGAACGAUGAUGGCAGCAGUGCGCUGCAUCUGGCCACCAUUGCCUGCCAGCCCCAGUGUGUGAAGGUGCUCCUGCAGCAUGGAGCCAACGAGGACUGCGUGGAUGGGCAGAACCGCACUCCUCUGCACUGGGCCGCCCACUCUGGAUGUGCCUCCAGCGUGCUGCUGCUGUGCGAUCAUGAGGCCUUCCUGGACGUUGCUGAUAACAGUGGACAGACACCCCUGAUGAUCGCAGCCCAGGGGAACCACGCAGCCAUCUGCUCUCAGCUGCUCCAGAGAGGGGCCAAGGUCGACCUGGCUGACAAGGACGGGAAGACUGCUCUGAUCCUGGCCUGUGAGAAGGGCAGCACGGAGCUGGCCCAGUUGCUCCUCAGCCACGGAGCGGACGUUGCCCUGGCAGAUGGGGCAGGCCACGAUGCCCUGAAUCACGCUACACGGGCUCAGAGCCGCCCGCUGCAGAGGCUGCUGCGUCGGGCUCUGAAUAAGAAGAAGAGGAGAGAGAUCAGAGCUGCCCGCCAGUCAAGCAGCAAGACACAGGUGGUGGGAGGCAAUGUCCUGGCAAGCAGCGACAGCAGCCUGACCCUGCAGAGUGAGGGGACCACUGAGGAUGAUGGGGACGUCUCGGAAGACCUGGACGCGGAGGAGUGGCGGUGCCGCUAUGAAGACGAGCAGGCACGGGUGCAGCAGCUGAAGCAGCAGCUGGCCAGCAAGACGCAGGAGUGCCAGGCGAUGGCCAAGGGCUGCCGGGCCAUGAGGGAGCGCGUCUGGGACCAGGUGCAGGAGCUGGACCAGCUGCUGCCCGAGAGGAGGAACCAAGCCAGCGCCAUGCCCUGCCUCAACUACAGCCAGGACGCCACGGAAGAGGAUUACUACCUGAACCUCUUGACCGAGCAAGUGCAAGAGCUUAAGAGGAGCCAGCAAGAGACCGGGAAGGGCGGCCGCGCCAGGCUGAAGUGGCCUGGAGAGGAGGAGGAGGAGAAAAAGCGCCAUGAAGAAGAGCUGAAGCGGCUGCGGGGGGAGGUGGCCGCGGCGCUGGAGGAGAAAGCAAGCGCCCUGCGGCGGGUGCAAGAGAUGGAGGGCCACCUGGAGAACAUGCGGGCCGUCCUGGCCGUCUACGAGACCAAGAAGCGCACCCAGAGCGAGACGCUGGAGGAGCUCCAGGCCCGGGUGACCGAGCUGGACAGGGACAACCAGCGGCUGCGGGAGCUGCUUGCCCAGCAGCAGGAUGAACAGGGGAGCCCUGACCGGGCAAGGUCCCGGCCCGCCAGCGGCGAGGAGCUGGAGCAGCUCCUGUCCUGGAUGCAGGGGGAGUGUGCCCAGCUGGACAAGGAGAAGGGCAUGGUGUUGGCCAAGAACAAGGGGCUGAAGUGGGAGGUGGAAGAGGCCCUGCGGGGCAAGCUGCACCUCGAGGUGGUGCCCGCCGGAGCUGUGCGGAAGAGCCUGGCGGCCUGGGAGAAGAUGGUGGUGGGCCUGGAGCGCCUGCUGGCCAAGACAGCGGCCACCAACACCAGCUUCCUGGAGAGAGCCAGGCCUUUGCAAGCCACCAUCUCGGCACCUCCAUGCGAGGACCCGCCGGCAGGGGCGGUCAACGGCACGGCAGUCUCCCCCACUCAGGAGCGGAGCAAUGGCUUCAGUCACCAUGAGGAGGAGAAUCACAUCUUCGGGGACAAGGCCAAGCUCCUGUCCGAGCCAGAGAAGGGCAGGCUGGACAAGGCCCAGGACCAAGAUGGCACCAGCCGGCCGCUCUGGCUGAGGCCCAGGAACAGCUUGGUGGAGGCCAAGAAACGCGCCAGGCGGAGGAGCUCGGACCUCGAGAAGGAGGUGCUGGACCUCAAGCAGAACAACGGCAGCCUCCUUCACGAGCUGACCCAGCUGGGCAAGGAGCGGGAGAAGCUGCAGGAAGAGCUGCGGAGCCUGUGCGAGCGGCCCCAGGGCGAUGGGGCUCCCGGCGCUGACCCCGAAACUGUGGUCGAGGAGCUGAGGCAGAAGGUGGCCUUGCUGUCCCAGGAGCUGUUGGCCGAGAAAGAGGAGACCAAGAAGCUGUGGCUGAGGCUGGAGGCCCAGAGGAAGGAGAUCGUGCUUCUCCGGGACGGCUUCUUGCAGCAGAUGGGGGAGGCCGAGGGCACGGGCGGCCACAGCCUGGGCCCCUGCAUCCUCAAGGAGCUGCACUGGAAGCUGGACAGCCUGGUGAAGAAGCACAACGAGGCCCUGCAGCUGGUGUCGGAGAUGGAGGAGGAUUGCCAGGCUCCCGCCACACCAUGCAAGAGCCCCGCUCAUGCCAAUGGCCAUCAGGAAAUGGAGAACGCCAAGGAUGACCUGCCAGUGGGACCCUGGCGGCUGGCGACUGAGCUGGAGCGCGACCUGGGUGAGGCGAAGGAGGCGCUCAGGGCCGUCCGGGUCGGCCUGGGCAGUCGGGGCCAGGAGACGGCCAAGCUGAGCAAGCUGCUGGAGAGCCUGGCCGGGAAGACGGCCAAGCUGCGUGCAGAGGAGGAGGCUGCCCUGAGGAAGCACGACAAAGCCCAGCGGGACCUGGCGCUCCAGGCCGAGGCGCUGGAAGAGGAGCUGAGGGCCCUGGAGAAGCGGUAUGAGGAGGCGGUCAAGGAGUCAGCCCGCUGGGAGGAGGCCACCAUGGCCGAGAGGCAGAAGAGCCAGGAGCUGCUGGCCAAUGCGGCGGAGCAGGAGCGGGAAGCCGGGGUGCUGAGGGACAAGGCCACGCAGCUGCAGCACAUGGUGGAGAAGCUCAAUGAGAGGGCGGAGGAGCUGGCCAGGGCCUGCCAGGACAAGGAGGGCAAGAUUAAGAAGCUGCUGGAGGAGACAGAGAAGCUCUCGGCCGAGGUGCUGUCCUUCCGCAGCCAGAACGCCCAGCUCCAGCUGCAGAUGGAGGUUCAACAGAAAAAUCACCAGGACAUAGUUGCUGUCUACAGAACCCACUUGCUCAACGCCGCCCAGGGCUUCAUGGAUGAAGAGGUUCACGCGAUGCUGCUGCGGAUCCUGAAGACGCCGGACGACUGAACGGGCCGUGGGCCUGGGAUGUCUCCUGUCAGCCAAUGAGUGUCUGUGUCUCUCUCCUUAUCGCCCCCGGUAUCAGGGCUGGAUCUGCCACGGCCCCUCCGGUGCCCGUCUGGUGCCCGCACACUGGCCUGGCUCAGAGCUGUUCAGUGGCUUUGCUUUACACACUUCACAGAUGAGCCAUCCUUUCUGGGUCACCUCCCAGCUCCCCCCCUCACCCUGCAGCCCCUGCCUCUUCCUGGCACGUGGGCAAUACACAGCAGCAUGCCCCUUUUGUGCCUAGCUUGAGCAAUAGGUCUAAAAUGCUAAAACUGGCAGCUCUGCUUCUGUCUCGAUCUAGCAUGAUCCUGGCCCUGGGAGCGGGUCCUGGCUUGUGUCUCACUGCUGCCCUAACAGUGAGUGUGAACCUAUUAUGAACCAAUGAACCUAUUAUGCAGCAUUGGAAAAUGGCUGGUAGGAGGCAGUGAUAUCCACGGAGCUGUAGCAGUACCCUGCUUUUUUGGAGCACUGCCUUAGGGCUCCCCUGAGGUUUCUUGGGGGAGGGCCCUGGGGUCUCCGGUGCUGGAGAUCUUAGGGGAGGCUGGCUCACCUGGGCCAAAGGAGCCCUGGUGCCAUGUCUGUAGUUGCAGAAGGGCCAGAGCAGGCUCUGAAAUGCCCUGUAUGUGGGUGAGGGGUGGAUAGGAAUCUGCUGUCAGGACUAGCUCAGGGAUGCGUCCUAGACCCUGUACUGCCAGCAACUAAGAGAGAUUCUCAUGUAGCUUGUGUGACAGGAGCUUUUGGAGCAGGGAUGGCAGUGGUGUAUAUACACAGACACACAUGCACACAGGCUCUGGUUUCCACCUGUCCUGCCCUGGGGACGGAUGACAAUCAUAGAGCCUUUUGCUCCAGCCUGGAAGUGACCUGCAGCAUCUCUCUCCUGCCCCACUUGUUUCCUGAUACCUGGGGUAAAAUCCCAGCUAUUGACAUGAUCCCAGGCCAGGGAAACCCCCCCACGGCCAGACCAGAUGCCACAGCCAAAGGGCCUUUGUACACAACUUGAUGUCCUCCCACUCAUGCUGAGACCCUUGCAAUGCUGGAGGGAGCAGGGGUGGUCACAGCAGCUUGGGGUGCAAAGCCAGGGGCUUGCAGACCAGGCCAAUGGCUUUUAAAGUGAGAGGGUGGCUGGUGAGUGCAGGUUUCCUUCGCUGAGCAAACUGGCAGCAUCCGCUCAGUGGCAAAAAUGGGAAAAGCCAAGGUGAAGCACUGAAUUCCUCGGGCGGCUCGGUAGGGAGCACUCUCUCCCCUUGCUCCGUGCUGCCCCAGGGGCCUAGUCCAUGCUCCAAAUCGCCCUGCGCUAAAUAAGCCGACUUCGAUCCCAUCUCGUCCGACCGGAGCAUCGUUCUCACUGCGUGCGCUGGGUCUGUCUUGCCUGCGGUCCUGGACAGUGCGACCCAUACCCUGUCUCUCCCUGUCGACAGUUCCCGCUGCAGCCUCCCCCGGUCCCUGCAGCACAGCUUGCCUGUGGCCACCAGCUGUCGAACUCGCAAUACCCCUCGAUGCUGAGCGACGU